GGGAAAUCCGCUGAUAUAAUUGUGGGCUCAAGUUGUUCGCCCAGAAGUCCUUGCGCGCACUCGCUCUCGUUCUCUUUCUCUCGAUCUGGUGGAAAUUUAGAAAGAAGGUUUCCCUUCACUAAACCACCAUGGCUCCUAAGCAUAACAAUGUAAUUCACAACUCCCACUUCCACAAGGACUGGCAGAGAUAUGUCAAGACUUGGUUCAAUCAACCUGGACGUAAGAAGAGAAGACGYAUUGCACGUAAGGAAAAAGCCAUAAAGAUCGCCCCUCGUCCUGUCACAGGAGCUGUCAGACCCAUAGUUCGUUGUCCAACCUUUAAAUAUAACACUAAGAUAAGAGCUGGUAGAGGAUUUACUCUUGAGGAGUUAAAGGCUGCUGGUAUUCCCCGCAAAGUUGCUCCAACCAUUGGAAUAGCUGUAGAUCACCGUAGGAAAAACAGAUCUGCUGAGUCUCUACAAGCCAAUGUACAGAGACUUAAGGAGUACAAGAGUAAACUGAUUGUUUUCCCCAAGAAGGCCAACAAACCCAAACAGGGUGACAGUGAGGCUGCUGAUCUUGCUAAUGCUGUGCAGCUCCAAGGACGGGUUAUGCCUAUCCAACAACCAAGCACACAGAUCAAGGCUCGUCCAAUCACAGAAGAGGAGAAGAAGUUUAGUGUCUUCAARCAUAUGCGAAUUGAGCGCUCGAAUGCUCGUCUGAUUGGUAUCAGGGAAAAGAGAGCCAAAGAAAAGGCGGAGGCUGAAGCCAUGAAGAAGAARUAAAUUUCGAGAACAAAAUAAUAAAAAAUGUAAAUUUACAGAGA